AUGCCAACAGUUAAUAACCAAAAUACUGCCGAGCGUGAUGGUGAACAGAUAAGAAAACCACAAAUUCCAGAUAUUGAACCUGUUGAACAAUCAGCUAAGCGUAAAAAAGUAAAACCAAUACCGUUAAAAAUUGAAAAAGUUAUGAUGGAUGAAGCUCAACAUGCACAAGAAGUAGAUGGUCCUCAGUUUACGAAACUGAAACUGAAGAAACCUACACAAAAACCAAAAGAGGAACUUAAAACAGUCAGUUUACCCAAAGUUCAACUUAAGAGUCGCAUCAGAUACAACUCAGAUUGGCCGCCCUCAGAAUUAAAACCUAUUAUAUCAUUUUUGGGUAGCGUAAGACAAAAUGGCCAACUUUCAAGAAAUAUAAGAGAGGCUGCAAAAUUGAAAAAGAAACCUAAAGUGACAGAUAUACCUGACUUAGAAAAAGUCGAAUUGGAAAAACCAGAAGAAUUUGAUUUCUCUUCUGAAAAACCAAUAGAACUACAAAAAGAGGAAACCAACGAUAUGACAGUAAUAAAACCUAGUGAUAAAGUACUAGAUGUCAAAAAAGACAUUGACACUGAUAAGAUCAUUAAAAAUUAUCAAAAUAAAGAAGCAGAGACACCAGAGCCGAAGGAAAAAAUAAUUCAAGACAAAGUUAUUACAGAGGUGAAACCAAAGGAACUGGAAGCUAGCUUACAAGAAAAUAAAAUUGAUGAAGAUAAACCAGCCUCGACUGAAACACAAAAAGAAAUAGAUAGUAUACUUGACGUUAAUCAAGAAUAUCUUGAACCACAAGACUUACAGCAAAGUAAAGAGAAACCAAAAAAGAAAGCAAUAAAAUUAAAAGAUUUGGGCAAACCGACAUCAAAACAACCAGAUGAAAAACCACUAUCAAAGCAACCCGAUGAAAUACCAUCCUUUAGACACCCAGAUGAAACAUCUCCGUCAAAACAACCAGAAGAAACAUCUCCGUCAAAACAACCAGAUGAAUCAUCUCCAUCGAAACAACCAGAUGAAAAAUCGUUCGCAAAUCAGCCGGAUGAAAUACCAAACUUAAAGCAACCAGAUGACGCACCAACAACACAAGUGCUUGAAAAACUUCCACGAAAGAAAACAAAACCUAAAGAGAAAUCUAGAAAACCUUCGUUACAAGAUAUGAAUUUGGAAGAUAACAAUAAACCUAUUGAAACAGAAGAAAUAUCGGAAACUUACAAGCAACAAAUAAACGAAUACAAACCUGAACCCGACGUAACACCUGAAGAGGAUACUACAGAGACAGCAACUAAAAAUAAAACCAAAGUUAAGAAAAUAAAACAGAAAGAUAGCCAACCCAAAUCUUUGACUUUAGCACCUGAGAAUAUAUUAGAAAAUGAUGAUCAACCUGAGAAAAAGCCGACUAAAGUCAAGCUAACUCCUAUUAAAAUAGAAAGAAAAGAAGUAGAACUAAGUAAACCACAGCAUGCAGAAAAUGUUGAAGGUCCCCAAUUUACACAGAUGAAACUAAAAAAAUCAACAGUGAAACCAAAGAAAGAAGCACCUUUAGUGACCUUACCAAAAUUCCAGUUGAAAAGCAGAAUAAAAUAUGUAAAAGAUUGGCCACCUAGUUUAAUAAUGCCUACCGUCACGUUUUUAGGCAGCAUUCGCCAAAAUGGAAUACUAUCCAGAAAUGUUAAAGAAGCAGAAAAAAUUAAGAAGAAAGUAUACAAACCACCAAUCUUACCCGAUAUUGAAAAAACGGAAUUAGAAAAACCAAUGUUUGACUACGAAGAUAUAGUAGAAGCUAAAAAGCAAGAGAUAGAAAAAGAUGAAUCCUUACAAAUUGAAGAAUCAGUUGAAGAUGAACCUCAACAAUUUACGAUUAAACCGAAACGUCCAAGUAUUAAAAAAACUGAAGAAAUUGAAGAUGAAGUAACAAUAAAAAAGAAACUAAAAUCUAUAAGAAAACCUUCUGUCACACUGCCCGAAGUUACUGAACCAGAAACGGUUACUUUCAGGCCAAAAACUACGAAAACUAAGGAAGAUGUUGAACAAGAAUUUAACAUACAGUUAGAUUCCUAUGCUGAAGAAGAAAUAUCUAUGUCAAGUAAAGUAAAACUCAAACCCCAGAGACGACCUACUUUCAAUGAAGAAGCAAAUGAAACUUCUCUCAAAUUUUAUGAAGAAAAUGAUGAACCUCCUGAUGUUAUUGAAAUAAUCGAAAGCGAGGAGGAGAUCUCUGAAAAAACAUCUAAUGUUAUAAUGCCAUUCAAAAAAAUUAGAGAACAACAAGAUACGUCGUUGGAAGAAAUAUCUUCUUCGGUCAUAAUACCAAAACCAAAGGAAGAAGAUAAGAAGUCCGAUGUCUCCCAAGAUGUUAACAUAAAAUUAGAAAGAAAGCCAAGAUACACAAUAGACGAGCAAGAGGAAGUUACGUUUGAUGUAAAACCUCAAUCAGAACAAUAUACACAAGAAGAACUAUCGCUUUCGAGUAAAAUUAAACUGAAACCUAAGAAGAAAAUCACUAUAUCAGAAGCUGCCGACGAAACCUUAAUUCAACUUAAACAAGAAAUAGAAGAUGGCAGUCAAGCUGAAGAGGUAAUACUGAGCGAAACCGAAGCUGAUGAAAAUGUACAAAUGACUAUUAGACGAAAACCAAAAAAACCGGCAUAUGAAGUUAGUGAAGUAGAAGAAUUAAGCGUUGAGUUAAAACCCAAGAGAAUCACUGAAGAGCCUUUUGAAGAAGAACAGGCUGAGCACCGCCGUAUCCUCAGGGAAGUGAUCGGCGGCGGCGACCUCUCGCGCCCGGCCUUAGUCGAGGCCAUGGUGCCUUCUAAUAAAGCCGCAAACUUUUUUGGUGAUACCGUUUUUGCUGUUUAUUCUUAUGUUGCGGAAACAGAUGAAGCUAUUAAUUUGGUUGAAGGCGAACGGUUAUAUAUAUUGGAAACUACCAACCAAGAUUGGUGGUUUGUACGCAAACAUCUCACGGAAGAAAAAGGUUGGGUGCCCGCUCAGUAUUUAAUGGAUGAAGCCAAUUAUACUCUUUACCUACAAAAGAAACUCAAUGAGAAAAUAGAUAAACUUCCAGUAUUUGAAAAACCCACACCAGAAGAGCAAGCAAGCGCACCAAUAUUCAUUGAAAAAUUACGCCCUAAACAUACGCCUGAUGGAUCAACUGUGCAAUUCGAAUGUCAAGUUGAAGGCUAUCCCAGGCCACAGAUAACAUGGUUUAGACAGACCGCUAUUAUCAAACCAUCUCAAGAUUUCCAAAUGUAUUAUGACGAUGACAAUGUAGCUACUUUAGUUAUCAGAGAGGUAUUCCCUGAAGAUGCUGGCACAUUUACUUGUGUAGCUAAGAACGCUGCAGGUUUUGCGUCAAGUACCACAGAAUUGACAGUGGAAGCUCCACUGUCUGAUCACGGUUCUGAAAUGACAGUUUUAUCUAGAAAGAGUCUUUCCAGAGAAUCUUCUUUAGCAGAUAUUCUUGAGGGCAUUCCACCAACAUUUUCAAAGAGACCAAAAGCUCAAUAUGUUAAUGAAGGAUCUCAAAUAUUUUUGGAAUGUCGAUUGGUAGCAAUUCCAGAGCCAGAUAUUGCUUGGUUAUUUAAAGGUGAAGAGAUAAUUCCUAAUGAAAAUAUAUCUAUAGCUACUGAGUCCGAUAUGCAUAUGUACUGCAGUGUAUUAAAAAUUUCUGACGUAAAGAAAUUCCAAGAGGGUACAUACACAGUAGUAGCUGUAAAUAGGGAAGGUGAAGCUAGUUUACCUAUUGUAUUGAAAAUUAAAACUGGAGAAAAAGAAAAACCACAGGUGAUUGAACCACUCAAAAAUAUGACGAUACGAGAAGGAGAAAGCGUAGUUCUAACAACACAAGUCGUUGGAAAUCCUCAACCAUCCGUGACCUGGUACAAAAACAAUAAACCUGUAAAAUCCCUUACGACAAAGUCUGAUGGCGAUACUCAUACUAUUACAAUAAUCAAACCCAAAAAGGGUAAAGAUGACGGAAUUUACACAUUAAAAGCUGUAAAUUCUGAAGGAUCUACAGAAACAACUGCAGUUAUAACCAUAGAAGAACCGACUGAGGAAAAUGCUGAGCCGCCACUAUUUAUAAACAGAUUCCAAGAAAUAACGGUAAAAGAAAAUGGCAUCAUUAAAUUAAUAGCAAAGGUUACAGGAAACCCUGUACCCUCUAUUACUUGGUAUAGAAAUAACCAUAUAAUCACUCCAUCUGAAACAGUCACGCAAAACUUCGAUGGUGAAAAUAUUGAAUUAAUAAUAACAAACGUAGAUUCUGAAAUCGACUCUGGUGAUUAUAAAUGUGUUGCAUCAAAUAGUGCAGGUAAAGCUUCCCACGGAGCACGAGUUACAAUAGAUGUUGAAAAAGUAAGGUUUGUUAAAAAUUUGAAAAAUACUUAUGAAACAGAAGAAGGAAAGACUGUGACCCUCGAGUGUCAUACAUCUCACACAGUUUCAACAAAAUGGUACCAUAAUGACAAAGAAGUGAGUGGAAUGGACCACAGAGAGAUAAUCCAAGAAGGCAGAGUACAUAAACUCAGAAUUAAAAAGACUAAGUUAACAGAUAUUGGUUCAAUAAAAUGUGUUGUAAAAGAUCAAGAGACUAAAACGCAGUUAACCGUCCAUGAAACUAUUCCUGAAUUUAUUAGACGGUUGCAAGAUUUUGAAGUUAAAGAAAGAGACAUUGCAAUUUUAGAAGUUGAAAUUAAUUCAGAAACAGCUGAUGUAGUUUGGGAGAAGGAUGGUGAAAGAAUUAAGGCUAAGAAAAACAAAUAUGAACUCGAAAAACGAGGAAACGUUCGCAAAUUAUUUAUCAGAAAUACUUCAGUUCACGAUGAAGGUGAAUAUACAUGUAAACUACGAGAUGAUUCCUGUACAGCUGAAGUAACUGUUGUAGAACUUCCUCCUGAAAUUAUAUCUCGAUUACAAGAUCAGAAAGUAAACAAAGGCAAUAAAGCAACAUUUGACAUUGAACUAACAAAAGGAGACGCUCUAGUACAAUGGUUCAAAGAUGGUUCAGAAAUUCAAUUCUCAAACCAUAUUCAACUGACAAUCGAUGGGAAAAAACAGAAACUUAAAAUCUAUGACUGCGAAAUGUCAGAUGCUGGAGUUUACACUUGUGAAGUAGGAAAUGAUAAAUGUGCAGCUAGGCUGAUAGUGGAACAACCUUCCAUUGACUUUGUUCUGAGAUUACCGGAAGUAACUGUAGUUCCUGCUAACACAGAUGCGUAUUUAACAGUUGAAAUACCGGAUGAGACUAUGGAUGUCACAUGGUACAAGAAAAAGACAGUGAUUGAAGAUACCGAAAAAUUCACGUUGAUAUCAGAUGUUACUAAACGUACUUUAAUUAUAAGAAAAUGUACAGAAGAUGACCAAUGUGACUACUUCUGUGUUUUGUUUGAUGCAAGAUGUUCUACAAAAUUGAAAGUGGAGGUUGUAGAAUUUCCACCAAAAAUACUCGGAUACGAUAGAGAAUACAGAAUAAAACGAGGUGAUGAUGUCACUAUACACGUCCAAUAUGAAGGUGUUCCUCAACCUAACGAUGAGUGGGUGGUGAAUUCUAAAAUAAUUAAGAAAACAAAACAUACCAAACCCUCAAUUGACACGAAGGCGGCAAGUCUUGCAAUUAAAAAGGUUGACAAUUCUGAUGCUGGAGUUUACAGGCUACGCCUUGAAAACAAUUGUGGAGAAACAAAUGUAGAAAUUAACGUAGUCAUCAUAGACACAACUUCACCACCUGGAAAACCUAGUGUUCUAGAAACAACAAAUAAUUCAAUUAAUUUGUGCUGGGAUGAACCAGACGACAAAGGAAAUUCAGAAAUUGAAUAUUACAUACUUCAAUAUCAAGAAAUUAAUACAACAGAAGUAUCGGCAGUGAAUGAAGUAGGAAUAAGUGAAGCUUCUGAAACAACGGAAUAUAUUCUUGUCCAGGAAAUUUUAAAGGGUCAAGCACCAACUGUUGAAAAGCCACUUAAAGAUAUAAUUGGCGAACCAAAUGAAGAUAUAGAACUCACGUGUAUAUUUGGAGGUGUACCAGAACCGAAAGUAACAUGGCUCCAAGGAAACAAGAAAUUAAAGACAGCUAAAGCAACUUACGUUAAUAGAGUGGCCACCUUAGUUAUAACUGCAAUGGAAAAUACAGAAGGAAGAUAUUGUUGCAAGGCUAAUAAUGAACACGGAGAAGUAGAAACUUCGUGUCAUGUCGAAGUGCAACAGAAGCCUAUAAUAAUAAUAUCAAACGAAAAUAUUGAACAAAAGUACAGAGUAGGUGAAAACUGGUCUGUAGAAGCUUUAAUCAAGGGUAUUCCUAAGCCUACUACUAAUUGGUAUUUUAAUGGCUCCAAGGUAGAAGAAUCAGAAGACAUUCAAAUAAUAACUGAAGAUAAUGUUAAUAUCAUCAAAAUAUCUUCCCUGGUUCGUUUCCACUCGGGAAAAUACACAAUUGAAGCUUCGAAUAAAGCUGGAAGCACAUCUUUUGAUGUAAUACUAAAAGUUUAUGAUAAACCUAGCAAACCUGAAGGCCCAGUUGUAAUGCGAGAGAUUAGCAGAGAAUCAGUAACAAUUGAGUGGAAACCUCCUCGUGAUGAUGGUGGUUUAGAAUUGACAAAAUAUGCAAUUGAAAAGCAUGAACCUGACACUAAUAAGUGGGUCAAAGUAGCAGAUGUAGACAAAGAUGUGGAGACCUACUGCAUACAAAGGCUCAAUGAAAAUUGUGAAUAUAUGUUCCGUGUUAUGGCACAAAAUCCCAUCGGAUUUUCAGAAGCUUUGGAAAAUGUCCCAUCUCCACCCCUUGGUCCACUGGGCUUGUACGGCAUAAACAACGAUUCUUUGACAAUAACAUGGUAUCCAUCUGAGAAAAAUGGAGGAUCACCUAUCAUCGAUUAUAGCAUUGAGAUUAAACAAGAGGGGAAAAAAUGGAAGCAUGUGGCUACAGUUACCAAGACCAGCGCCAAAAUAGAGAAAUUGACAAUAAACACUACCUACCAAUUUAGAAUUACGGCAAGAAAUGAAAUUGGAAUAAGUCUGCCUUACAUAUCUGACGAGAAAAUCACGAUCGGAAAGACUUUGUAUUACAUUAUCGAAUACAAGACUGCUAAAGCCAAAACAUGGACCAAAGUUAUAACUGUCAGUGGAACAGUUUACGAACACUGCAUAGAAAAUAUUAAAGAAAAGGAGGAACUCAUCUUCAGAAUCUCCGCUGAAAACGCUAUAGGCGUCAGUUUACCAGCAGAGUCCCAAGGAGUAAGACUAGAGAAACAUGCGACCGUACCUUCACCGCCAACUGCGCCACUUGAAAUACGAACAGUUGGUAGCAACAUCGUCAUGACAUCGUGGGGUACUCCGGAAUGGGACGGUGGGGCACCCCUGCUGGGCUACAAUAUUGCUAUCCGUGACGUCACUAAAACAAUGUGGAUGGAAGUAGGAAAAGUCGACGCACAGACUCUUAAAUUCAAUAUCAAGGAUUUAAGUGACAAUCACACUUACAUGAUAAGAAUUUAUGCUCGCAACGAAAUUGGACUCAGUGAGCCGUUAGAGUCGGACGAACCUUUCAAGGUCAUUCCUGGAGAAGACUCACAUGCAGACGAGGAGAUUGGCGAACAAACCGAAAUGACGGAGCCAACGUCGUUCAGCACGCAGACCACUACUUCCUGGAUGCGCGAACACAAUAUGGAUGCGGAUAUUCGAUCUUACGCGCGAGGCUCGCUAUUGAGGCGCGAUGAAUACUUCUUCAGGAUAUGGCACUACGCUAAACAACUAUUCAAGUGAUGCGACAACACGUCCGCGCAUUCAUUUACCUGUGAUAUUUAACGACAAACAUUUUAAAGUCCAUAGUUGGCGGAUAGUAAUGUAUAUUUAGAUACAAUUACUUCCACUAGACAGUAAUCCACACCCGAAUUCUGUCAUUUUUUUAAUUUUGUACUAUUAUGUUUUUUGUACCAGCAUGUAAUAUUUUAUUAUUAUUUAUUUUAGAUAAGGAUGAACUAUUUAUUUAUUUAAAUUAUUAUUAUAAAACAUGUCUGUUGACAACAUUUAAGUCUCAUUCAAUACUUUUUAUGGGAGACGUUUUAAAUAUAGGUGCAAAAUAUUUAUUCGAUAAAUUGAAUGAGGCUUAAAUUCAUCACCAGACAUUUUAAAAUAUUUAAUAAAGCGAAUAUUAAAAAUGA